AUGCGACACAUUGUAGCUUUAAUUUUAUUACUUUUUGUGACAUUUAUUUCAUCAACACCAAUACGAGAUCCACCAAGCUAUGAAUAUUCAGAUGAAUUGUCACUUGACACUAUCAAAAUUCCACAGAAAUCAACAAUGAAACGUGAUGUGCCUGAAGUAAAUAAUUAUCAAGCUAGGCCACGACGAGAAUAUGUCUCGACUCGAACUCAUUUUUAUAAUUUACUUAUGGAUAUUAUAUCAGUUGUGCAAGCGUCAACGAAAAAUGAGAUGCGAAGUGCCAAAGAACGUGAACUACAAAGACGUUCGAUUCAAGUUAUUGAAAAUUAA